AUGAGUGAGAAGGCCAAAGACAGGGAUAUGUGUGGUCUGCAAAGUUCUCCACCCUGCCUGGGAGCAUUCCUGUAUAUCCUUAAUUGUUUUCUUUUGAUGCUGCUCCAGAAGGAGGCUCUUGGCUGUCCAGCAGCUUGCCAGCUCUGCACAGGGAGACAAGUUAGCUGUCGUAACUUAGGGCUUUCGAGCAUCCCACGGAACUUGCCAAAAACGACAAUUCUUGUGUACCUCAGUGGGAAUAAUAUAUCGCAUGUCACUCCAAAUGAGCUGAGAGGCCUUCAGAAGCUUGCAGCACUCUACAUGGAUAACUCUAGUAUUUCGUAUGUACACCCAAAAGCUUUUGUGGAACUCCCCAAACUCUGCUACUUGCAUCUAAAUAACAAUAAUAUCAAACGCCUGGAUCCAGGAAUCUUUGAAGGUCUUUCCAGUCUUCAUUGUUUAUAUCUUCAGAAUAAUCAAAUAGCUUUUGUUCCCAGAGGAUUAUUUAGUGAUCUCGUUUCUGUUAGAUAUUUAACACUUCAAAGAAAUCGUCUCAGUGUGCUUGGAAGUGGGACUUUCUUGGGAAUGAUGAAUCUCCAAACGCUUAACCUAGCCAAUAAUAAGAUUUCACGGAUAUCUGAUUCAGCAUUUCAUCAUCUUGAAAACCUUGCAUAUUUGUUCCUUGAAGGUAACAACUUAACAUUUGUGCCAUCGAAUGCUAUUGGAAGGCUCAAAAAUCUUGAAAGACUUUCUUUGUCUCACAAUCCUAUUGGAUCAGUACAUCCUUUUGCAUUUAAAGGACUUAACAAGCUUAGAUAUCUGUCUUUAAAAAACGUAAAGCUAAAAUGCAUUGCUGUAAAUGGAUUUUUUGGAUUAAGCAACCUUAGCCAGUUAAUCUUAAGUUAUAAUGAUUUAGAAAAUGUAAAUUCCAGCACUUUUACUUUAUUGAAAAAUUUAAUGUAUCUGCAGCUAGACAGAAAUAAAAUAACCAGUAUUGGUGAUGGUACCUUUGAAAAAAUGGGACAGUCGCUUAAAGUACUCAAUUUAGCAUUUAAUAAUAUUACAGAGUUGCAGCCUGAAGUGCUAAAGCCCUUAGUGUCUUUAACUCACCUCCAGGUAAAUUAUAAUCCUUGGAACUGCAGCUGCAAAAUGCUCAGAUUACUUAAUUGGCUUGCAUCAUCUCCUGUUUCUGUAAAAAUUCACUGCCAGAGUCCUCUGAAUAUGCGUGGUAGACCUUUGCAGUACAUUAAGUGGACUCAUUUUGCAAACUGCAGUAGCCCCACUGCCAGCCCAGAAGCAGCAGCCUGGAGUCUGGGCUCUGCGGGUGCCUCUCACAGCGCUACCACCCUGCUGAUGGCGUGGCAUAAAGGGAAUGGGCACAACACAUUUGUCAAUGCAGAAACUAAAUAUGCUGCUUCCUGGGAAGGAACCACAGCUGCAUCUGCUAACCCCUUGCCUUAUGAAGAGAAUGCCGCUGAAAUUCCAUCAUGGGCAACCACAGUGUUAUCGACAUUACCAGUGCAGAUACCAGCACAGAUUUCGCCUGUUAACAGAACUGUAGAGGAUGGUUCACUUCCAACAGAUGCUGCUUCUGUAUCAUUAAAAACAUCCCUGGUUUGUACGCAGCAGGUUGAAAAGCUGAAUCAGGCUUUUGACAUUUUACUAGCCUUUUUCAUUCUGGCUUGUGCUGUGAUCCUGUUCUUAAUCUGUAAAAUUAUUCAGUUUAGGCAGAAACUGAAGGUGCUGGAAAACUCUGGGGAAAAGAGAAUAGAAUAUUACGGGUUCUAUCAGCCUGGCAGAUACAAUAUAACUGACACAGUACAGUCUCUAACUCGAAAUUCAAUGGGACAUUCAGAACUGGACCAAAUUAGGCUGCUUAAGCGAACAGCAUCUGAAAAUCAGGCACAGGUCAUACUGUUUGAACAUUCAUCAUUGUAA